AUGUGCGAUUCUAUCACACUAUGUCGAUUGGCGCUACUCGGCUUCAUCUUACUCCUUGCUGAAGUCGAGACGGAAAAGGGCAUUGUCAAAAUAGGUCUAGUCUACCAGGGCUACCCACGCUCAAAAUCCUAUGAUAAAACAUUCCGGACCGUGCUGCAACAGAUCAGCGAUGGAACAAAAAGCCCGGCCUUGCGUGCCGUGGCAAAAGAUUAUAUAUUCGCUCCAGUAGACUGUACAGUACCAAGAGGCUUAUUCUAUGCAUCACAUGUGCUACACUGCCUUUGUGAUGUGUUUUUGAAAGAACGGGUAUCGGCAAUUAUUCUCCUUACUUCAAUGGAAGAAUAUGAUCGAUCAACAGCUGCUGCUCAGUACUUUCUAACCAUGGCGUCACAUACGGGCAUUCCCAUCAUUGCAUUCAAUGCUGAUAACUCGGGCUUUACAUUCGGAAAGGAUUUAUCACCAUACCGUAUCAUACAACUGGCCCCACCUAUUGAACACCAAAUUCAAGCAAUGCUCGCCCUCCUCAAUCGAUAUAACUGGAGCAAAUUUGGGGUUGUUUCAAGCAACAUGGCAGGCAGCAAAGGAUUUGUCGAUAGUGUCUACCGGGAAGUCGCUAAAGAAAACCAGGGCCGACAGGGGUUACGG